UUCAGAAAUGGCGUUACAGUUUGUGAAGCAGAAGCAGAUACGAGGUUUGCAGAACGAGACAACCUUAACUUUCAUUUCUAUGUUACGAAAUUUGAAUAAGUUCCCAGCCUCAGUGAGAUGGGUGAGUGGUCAAAUUCCAGUAAAAGCUUCCUUUAGGAGCUAUGCUACUGCUAAAUCAGAAAAGUUUAUACCACUCAAGAAGAAAAAGCGGUUGGAUGAAGUAUGCCUUGAAAAAUAUCAGCAAUAUAGUAGAUCAAUCAUCCAGUCAUGGAUUUUGCAAGGAAAAGUAUGUGUGAAUGGGAAGGUGAUAACAAAGCCGGAACUCCUGUUCCUGAAAAAGCUGUUGUAGAGAUAAUAGCUGAAGUUCCAAAAUAUGUAUGUAGAGCUGGACAUAAGUUGGAAGGUGCCAUUGAACAGCUCAGUGUUGAUGUUGCCGGUAAAGUGGCUCUGGAUUCUGGGCUGUCAACUGGAGGAUUUACUGACUGCUUACUUCAGUAUGGUGCAUCACAUGUUUAUGGGGUUGAUGUAGGUUAUGGACAGGUAGCAGACAAAAUCCGAAGAGAUGAACGUGUAUCUGUUAUAGAACGGACAAAUUUAAGAUAUCUUACAGAGCUCCCACAAAAAGUUGAUUUGGUGACCCUAGACCUCUCAUUCAUUUCUAUUCUUACGGUCAUGCCUGCUGUGGUAAAUGUCAUGAAGGAAGAUGCUGCAUUAGUGACCUUGGUUAAACCACAAUUUGAAGCUCAGAGAUCUCAAGUAGGAAAGGGAGGGAUAGUGAAAGAUCCCGCUGUCCAUCAAGAGGUUCUUGAGAAGAUUACUAAAGGAGUAGAGAGUUUUGGUUUUAUCAGCAAAGGUUCGAUUGAGUCUCCUCUCAAAGGCGCAGAGGGUAAUACAGAGUUCCUUGUUCACUUCAGCAGAAUACAUAACAAAGGUUCUUAAAAUCAUGAAGAAAUUAGAGAAGAAAUUAUGCUUGAUGCAUUUCUUCAAUCUUCAAAGUGAGAGUUGAGAGAGAUGUAUUCCUGUAUAGUAAUGAGUUGUAGGUGCCAUUGAAUGGUAGUGGUGAAAUUUUGUAUUAAUUUUUAAAACAAAUGACCCAUUAUUACUGAAAGAAUGUAAUGUUGUAAUAUAAGCUGCAUCUGUUAAACUUCCUUAAUCUUUGACAUAUAUAUUUCCCUUUCGGUUUU